AUGUUCGCCCCCUUUGCCUUUCUGGCCAACGUCGCGAGCGAGGCGCUGCUCCUCGUUGCGUCGGCCGCCCCCGUCGCCCCAACGCAGAUACCCCUCGACGCCGCUCGCAGCACGGCGCAGGGCUACAGCCGCUUUUAUGACGUCCAGGCCCACCGAGGAGGUCGAGGAAAUACGGUAGAGAACACGCUGCCUAGCUUCGCGUGGGGCCUCAUUGACGGCGCGUCGACGCUCGAGCUCGACAACGGCAUCACGAAGGACGGGUACGUCGUCGUCUGGCACGACGAGGAGAUCACCCCCGCAAAGUGCAAGGAUACCCAGCCGGCGUUUCCCGGCGAUCCCGACUUCCCUUACGUGGGCAAGUACAUCGCGAACCUGACGCUCGCGCAGCUCCGCACGAUCGACUGUGGCUCGAAGCGCCAGUAUGGCUACCCGAUGCAGUUGACUUUCCCGGGCACGCGGAUAUCCACGAUGCAGGAGGUCUUCGACUUCGUCCAGUGCGCGGAUCCCGCGCAUCAGGUCCUCUGGAACAUCGAGUCCAAGAUCGAUGCGCGGUACCCGAACCGGACGUUGGGGGUAGACGACUUCGUGGCCAGGCAGUACGAGCUGUUCAGCAGGAGCCCGUACAAGCGUUCCAUCACGUACCAAAGCUUCGACUGGCGCACGCUUGUUGCCAUGAAGGAGCUCGACCCUUCCAUCCCCACCUCUGCUCUCAUCGAGGAUGAGACCGCGUUCAACCCGGACAACAGCACCAGCCCGUGGCUCGCCGGCCUGCGUCUCGAUUCGUUCCCGGGGCCGUCGAUCUUCCGACAAGUCGCACAAGCCGCGCACAGCAUCCGGGCAGACGUCCUGUCGCCUGCUGCUUCGGCAUCCGAGACCCCUGUGCCUGACCCCGAGAUGGAGGGAUAUGUGCCGUUCACGACGAGGGAGAUGAUCGAUCACGCUCAGCGGCUCGGUCUCAAGGUCAAGCCGUGGACAGUCAACAGGCUGAACAUCGUCGAGCAACUCCUGGACUGGAACGCGGAUGGUAUCAUUACGGACUACCCCAAUCACGUUCGCCGCUUGGCGAAGCACAGAGGUCUCCCUGUCGCACCCAAGUACCCGAAGCAGCGUGUGUUGUCAUGUCUAGAGGAGCAUCUCGCGAAGCAGCUGCUCCACGUUUGAUGCGGAGAAUGUUCGACUCGUAUAUCAUGAUGAGUUUAGGAAGCUGCGAAGGACACUAGACUACUGUACUUGUAGUAGUUCAGAUCUUACAUAGAAUAGAC